UGAAGAGUAGUUAAAUUGGGGUAGAAAAUAACCAAACUAAAACACUCUUACUAAGGGAAAACAAACCUUAAACGAAGUCGUAUGAUAUCCCAACUAACGGUUUUCGAUCGUUUGAAUUUCCGUGAGACCCAACGUUUUCGAUAACGCCAUCAGUAACUCCGAUGGGCCAAGGCCAUGAACCCCCGGAAUCCCCACCGGCCGCCCCACCAUUAUUCCGCCGCAUACACGACCUGGACAACGCCGUCUCCUUCUUCAUCUACACUCUCACACGCCCCAUCGCCCCAAAACCCCUUCUCCGAUUCCUAGAGCUUUUGGCGGACUUCCGAUUCUUCUUCCCAGUCUCCCUCGCCCUCUUCCUCGCCGCCCCCUCCUCCUCCCCUCUCCGACCCAACCUCCUCCUUCCCCUCCUCGUCUGCUCCCUUAUUGAUCUCCUUUUCAUCGCCCUCAUCAAAUUCCUCGUCCGCCGAUCCCGCCCCUCCUACGCCAACCACUCCCAAUACAACGCCGUCGUCCCCGUCGAUAACUUCUCCUUCCCUAGCGGUCACUCUUCCAGGGUCUGCUUCGUCGCUUCCGUCUUCUCCCUCUCCCGCCCCUCGCUCCUCGCCGAUCUCCACCAUCCGCGUGUGGCCUUGCUCGUGAAUCGCUGGUUCAGCGGAGAUCAGGCCCUCGCCGUUGAUAUUCUCAUCUCGGCCGUUUGGGCUUGGGCCGUGACCACUGUAAUUUCUCGCGUCGCUCUCGGGAGGCAUUACGUUAUCGAUGUCUUCUUUGGCGCGUGCUUCGGAGUCCUCGAAGCGUUCUUCACCUUCCGCCUUCUCGAAUUCCGAGGGUUGCUUUGAGGUUCUGAUGGAGAAAUUCGAACUUAUGCUACCCGAGGGUAAGCGUUCUUAAUUGGUUUCUAACAGAUAAUGAAGUCGUGAUUGGUUUGAGUACAUUGGCAUCUUGCUCCUUACCAGAUAAUUUUGGAGACCUUAAUUACUUUAGUUUAUCUCAACUCUACUUCAAAUUUGUUGAGUUGCAUUCCUGUCCGUAAUUUAUUCCUUGGCAUUUAAGUCUCUCCACAGGCGUAUAAACAAUAAAUGUAAGCAUGUGAUAAUACAUGGUACAGCAGACCUGUACAUAAUUUAUUUGCAGCCUUUUGUCGUAUGUUUUAUCCAGAACUAUAUUAUACAUCGAAUUUGCUACUGCUGUCAGAUGUUUCUAAUUUUUGCAGAGGUACUGAUGCAAAGACAGAUUGUUCUGUAUCGUUUGAAGACUUGAAAUGGGUUAUCUUUUCUGACAAUUGCUGCCAGAAUAUGAAGUUGGCUUAUGUCUAGUCUAUCUCCGAUUCCCACUUUGCCCGUUCAGGUGGAUUGAACAUUAGUGUUUGAAAUCUGAAGUAGUAAUUAUCAAGAAACAUUAUAUUAUAACAAUCAUAUGUAGGUGUACUCAAUGGAAUCCUGUGAUCUAUUAAAAGUUUGAGAAAAGAAAGGUCUUUUAGGAUUUGGUUUGAGGGACCGUGUGCUUGUCUGAUGUGUAUGGAAUUUUUGACGAUUAUGAAUUGAAGGAUAAAUAGUUGUUAGGCCAGUUACUUCUUUUGCAUGUGCCUUCUUACCGCGUGCCAUCUGAUAAGAUGUUUUUGAUUUGACUGAUUGAUUGGUCUUUGCUUUCCUUUCAAUUUUGGAAAAGUUCGUAAGCUUACCAAAUUAGCGCAGACUGUGGUUGAUAUGUUGUGCUGGCAGCAUCUAUUACCGUAGUUAGGAUAUUGUUACGUGGAACACACCAAAAGACGAGUGAAUCAAGUCGUUUUUGGUUUUAUUGACUUGACAUGUGGGUCUGGUUGCUAUUAACACCAAGAGAAUUAGCACAUGAAUUUGAUGGAAGCUUUCAUCAUCUUUCAUAUUAGUCCGCUGAACAUUGACAAUUUCUCUCUACUCAUGCCUUUUCUUCGUGCAUUUUGCUGACGAAUAGUUUCAUUCACAUUGAAAGUUCUGGAUUUAUUACCAUGGAUUAAGAAAUUCGGUAUCUUGGAUACUGCUGGAACAGUUCAUUGGUGGAAUCCACUACAGCUUGAGGGACCUACGACGUACGCGAAGCACUGGGCGUCUGGUAUUUUGCCAAGUGAAUGCUUACUGCUCAAGAUUUGGAGUGACUGUAACUUUGUAUUUUGUGGGACAUGCUUUGAUAUUCUCCUUGCAUGAUUGAUUUCUUAGUAAUGAGAGACUGACUCUCCGCA